AUGGAUGUAUCUGGUCAAGAUACAAGCGAUCACUGUACUAAUUCAUCUGAAGGACCUGUAACCGUCGCACAAGCGAAAUAUGAUCCGUUUUUUACACGAAACCUAAGAGUUAUUGAGGAUUUAUUAAUUGAUGAGAAACGAUAUCACAGCACUCCUGGUUUCUGUGUUUCACAAUCUCCUGCAAGAACCACAUGGAUGAGACGAUCUCUUCUUAAUUGGCUUCGAGAUAUCUGUAUCCAUCGUGGGACUGAUGGUGAAGUUCUAGCACACACAGCACAGCUGAUUGACCGUUAUAUGCACAUAGUGCCAACUGAGCAAAAUGAGUACCAACUUGUGGGUGCAACGUGCUUCUUCAUCUCUAGCAAACUGAAAGAAACUGUACCUAUAGCCUUAAGAAAAGUCACAGAAUACACAGCCAAUUCACUGACAGAACAGGAUGUCUUAGCCAAAGAACUUACAGUGUGUAUAUCACUCAUGUGGGACCUGACUUGCAUUACCCCGGUAGAUUUUGUCGCUCCUGUGGUUGAGUUCCUUGAGUUCGUACCUAGCUUGCGUCAAAUUAUUCGUCAGGCUGCACUUUGUAUAUAUAUUAAGGCUUUUCACGUUGAAGAAAUUAGUACUUAUAUGCCCAGCUAUAUAGCAGCCGCAUGUAUUCUUUAUGCUUUGAAUCUAACUGUACAUCGGGAUUUAAGUGAUACUGCUAUCAGAUCAGUCACCCGUAUUCAGCGAAUUUUAAGGCUUGAAGCACGCAAAAUGCGUGAAGCAUAUCAGAUUCUUCAAGCUUGCUUUGAACCUGGAACUGUGCAACUAUCAAAUGCUGUGUUAGAAGGUGAUAUAGAGCCCCCUGAAAGUCCCGUUCGUGAAGUACCGGUUCAUCUUGUCCAUCAAUUACAUUCCUCUUCUACAACACCAGUCAACACGACUGUAUUACUUCCACUAGCGACUAGUAUGUAUAUCCACCCACAUCUUAACUCGUCUAAUCAGUCUUCACUAACUUCUGUUGAUAUUCCCUCUCUAUCUACCUCCAUGGUUUUUGUAAAUAAUAGCGUAAGCUUUGAUCGUAAUUGUAAACCUACAACGUCCGCUUCUCUUUCAGCUUGUUCUACUUCAUCCCCUCCUUCAGAAGCUGAAAAUAUGGGAUUAAGUGAGCUAGAGAAUGAGCAUUCUCGAUGCGCUUAUAUUAAUCGAUCCCGGUUAUCUAUGCCGUUAAUUCAUUAUUCUCAUUCUACCCAGUUUUGUCAUCAUUCUAAUGUAUCAGCUACUGAUAAAUUAAGCGAACGCAAACUGAUCCCAUUAGUUUGGGAAAAUCCAGUUUCAAAUCGGACAAAUCAGUAUAAGUAAAAUCCAUACAUCCGUUAUUGCAUUUCAGUUCUUCUAAACAAUCAGUCAGUUGUAUUUAUUAAUUUCUUUACUUGUAUUUCUUUGUAUUUCAUUUUUAUGGGACAGUUGCUUGCUACUUUUGAUAACCUUUAAUCUAAAUCAGUUUUCCAAAUAUAUUCUCAUUUUCGCUUUACUUAAUUCCACAAACGCUGACACAAGCUGUCUACCCCAUAUGUGUUUCAUAUAAAAGCUCUUACUUUUGUACACAAUUAUGUUUUUAAUUGUGUUUGAGUGCACAUAUACUUGGUUAUGUUCAUCGGUUUACCAUUCCUUCACUAGUUAUGUGUUGGGUUUAAUUUUUUUCGCUUACCGCUCAAAAUUGUCGCAAUAGUUAAAAACUUUUUAUCCAUUCCCUUAGCAAACAGAAAACAAACCGAACAUUUCGAAAUAGAUCUAUAGUAAGCUCAAUGUUGAAUAUUUCCGUCAGUCUAAAGUCUAUUGCUGUUAAUCCAUUUUUGAAGGAUAAGCAAUUUUCGUACGAUCAUUUAAGAUAGUUAUGAUUAGCAGGUUGCCAGUGGUACUUAUAAAUAAUCUUGAGUGGAUAUUUCAAAUAGACUACCACCUAUUCAACAGCUUUGCAUCUGAGUAUUAAUAACUGGACAGCUGAGUUUCAGUUCUCUUUACCAUAGUGUGAUUAAAUUGUGAAGGUUACACAAACUCAGUAAAUUAUGUAUUCAUUAUUAAUUUUCCCAUUUAUCUUUAAAUUUCUGAUAAAAGUUGCUUACGAUAAUGUUCGAUGACUACAUGUAACAAUAAUAAUUGUGUUAUUGAAGUAGUCUAAAUUGAGAACUGUUAUGGACAGAAACAAGGUUGAUAUAAAUAUCCGAUUAUUCUCCAACUGAGUAAGGCGCUAAAGUUUCAGGUAAGCAUUGCUGACAUAGGUAUUACCUACCGAGUUCACGACUUCUUUGACGUCGACCCCUUAUCGAAUACCGCAAAUCUCAGUGUUAAGUCACUUAACUAGUUAGUUUCGUGACGCUGGUGAUGAGUUUAUUAAAGUGGAUUCACUUAAAACGAGCAAUCUUUAUAUCCUGUAAUCCUUAAGUGAAAUCUAACCGCGAAAAAUCUUUGAAAUGACAUGUUUUGCAUCCAAAGAUAUCACAGUAAAAUGGUGGGUUUUUAUUUCAUUACAAAUACGUACUGACUUCGUUACGCAAGUUUUAUUAAAGCUGAAAAAACAACUAUAUUAACGAAAAGUUUUAAUGUCAGGAUUGUUAUAAAUUCCGUUAUAGUACAUGUCUAGGAAAACAGUCUCAUUACUCUUCACACAAGCGACACGCGUAGAUAUAUCACAUACAUACACUGAUACUUUCUCUUUCUUACAUAUUUCAUUCUAACAGUUGAGACUUUUCACUAUGUAUUACAUUCUCGUCACCAAAAUAAUCAAUGCUAAUUAGCCUAUGAUUUAGGUGCUAUAGUUUUUUGGAAAAAGUGGAAUAACAGCUUAAAGUGUCCUUCAACCAGAAGUAUCUCUAAAAUGACAAGGGAGGAAAACGUGUCCAUAAGCCUGUUUAUCUGAUUGGUAAUCACCAACGAACACACGCAACAUUCUGAAGACUUACCCGGAGUUCAGUAAGCUGAUAUGGUGAGAGAAAAUCCGAGAUAGAACUACGAUUAAGGUCUGGAAUAAAAAAUUUCCUUUCAGUAUGCUGACUUAAUUACUAAGCUACCACCAGUAUUGAAUGCAACACAGUUUGAAAUCGGUUGCAAUGGCGUAAAUUAUUCAUUCUUUCCCUAAACCUUGAAGUUUCAGAUUUAUGUCCUACUUAUUCCUCGACUUCAUCCGUUCUCUUUCGUCAUUGAUGUUAUCCCUACUUUUAUAUUUUUCGUUUUGCUAAGUCCUCGUUUUACCGCUGUAUAGAAAGUUAAGCAAUGUUCUGGAUUUUAUUUUUUCUGCGGUUCCCAUCAGUAAUACUAUCUAAUGUUAUUAUGUAACUUUACUCAUUACAUCAUUCAACCAGUGAUGACCGUUAAGAAUAGUCUAAGCACUUUUGAAUUAGAUAUCAUGUAUUUUAUCUUAUCGAAAACCAACCAAACCAAUAACAUUUAAGAUACUCAGUGGGUUUACCUGACUUAAUAACAUACAUAUUUCAAUAAGAAGGCAUACACUUCCCAAAUUGUUGAUCUGGUCAAAUCUAUUGCAUAUUUAUUCUACUCAAUUUUGUCUUAAUAUUUCUAAGUAUCUUGGUAUAAUCAUUUUGAUAGUCGCUGAUUCAAGGCAAGAAGUGUUACGUCUAGGUUUUGUGUUAUUUGGUAUUCAUCAUCAAGAUCUUUCUGCAAUCUUACUUUCUUCAUACAAUUCGAUCUAAUAUCAGUCAGAUGAACUAAUGAAAUAUUUUGACCACAGCUAACCUGUAUGACAAAUAUUUUCUCUGUAUUAGUUAAUGUCAUUCUUGUCUAUCAAACUAUACAAGACCAUUAUAAAACCCCAUAACUUUGUAAUGUAGUUUUGUACAUACUGAUGAAAAUAUAACUAUAUAUUAAACAUAUUGGGUAAACUAUCAGGUCAUCUUGAUGUCUGGUUUUUCUAUAGAUAAAAUACAACAAGUAAAGUGUGUUUAUUUGAUUUUAUGUGUAUAUUGAAAUUUUUCAUUUUAUUUCAAAUUCUAUCCCUUUAAAUUUGUUUGUUUUGUUUUAAUUCAGUGAUAAUAAGAUUAAAGAUUCUUUUCAUAAUAUUUAAGUUUAUUAACAAUAAAGGACAUGGAAUCAUAGUUCAGC